AUGUCCGACGCAGAUUUGGACACGAUCGCGAAGCUCCAGCGCGAGCGAAACGCUGCGAAGAAAGGCUCGCGUGCGCCUGAUGCGUCGUCUCAACGCAAUGACGACAGGAGGCAGAAGCUCACGGACAGCGCCGACAAUGAGCUAUAUGACCGAGAAGGAGGCGAUAAAUUUGCAGGAUACCACACGUCUCUCCCCAUGGGAGAUGAGGACGAUGAGAUGGAUGGCGACAAUACCCGGCGGCUUGUGGGCCAGUAUACUGCAUCGCGAGAGAUGAUUGAUGAGUUUGCCAGGGGCAAUGGAGUUGAAGAGGAUGAUGUUCUUGCGGGAAAGGGUGAAAAGAGCGGCCGCAUCACCGACCGCGAGACCGAUUACCAGAAACGUCGCUUUAAUCGAGUCUUGACGCCCACCAGAGCCGAUCCUUUCGCGGAGAAUCGACAGGCCGGAGCUGCAGAGAAUGGGGCCACCUACAGAGAAAUCAUGGAAGCCCGCGAACUCGACAAAGAAGAGGAACGCGUUCGAAAGGCCAUUCAGGACAAAGUCAAUGGCGAAGGCGGCGAAGGCGAGGCUCAGCCGACGCUGCGGGACGUGGACAAGGAGAACGCAGAGGCCGGGUCGACCGAGGCCGUCGCGGCAGGACGAAAGCGUAAGAAGAGAUGGGAUGUCGCUUCCACACCGGCCGAGGUACAGCUUCAGGACAAGGCAGAGGAAGCGAAGCCAAAGCGCUCAAGAUGGGACCAGGCGCCAUCCGUCGGCCCCGGAGAGGCUACCAAAAAGCGCUCUCGAUGGGACCAAGCUCCUUCAGCGACACCUCUGGGUAACCAAGGGCUCGCUACCCCAAUGCAUCCAACCCAAGCGCCGGGUGCCUUACCGCCAGCCUUCGGAACCGAUAUCUCAGCCCGCAAUCUCACCCUUAGCGACGAAGAGCUAGAUAUGCUACUGCCUGGCGAAAACGAAGGAUACAAGAUCUUGGAACCACCUCCUGGGUACGAACCCGUGCGUGCCCCAGCACACAAGCUGAUGGCAACGCCGGCUUCAGCGGCAGGCUUCAUGAUGCAGGAUCCGGAUCAAGUAAGACUGGGGGGCAGGCCGAUGCCGGCUGAGCUCUCUAAUGUAGGUGAUUUGCAGUUCCUCAAGCCAGAGGACAUGGCAUACUUUGGCAAGCUCAACGACGGAGCAGACGAGAACGUCAUGUCCGUGGAUGAGCUAAAGGAACGCAAAAUCAUGCGGCUCCUGCUCAAAAUCAAGAACGGAACCCCGCCCAUGCGGAAGACGGCCCUUCGGCAAAUCACAGACAAUGCAAGGAACUUUGGGGCUGGGCCACUGUUUGCUCAGAUUCUGCCCCUACUCAUGGAGAAGUCCUUGGAGGACCAGGAACGCCACCUACUGGUCAAGGUCAUUGAUCGAAUUCUGUACAAACUAGACGACUUGGUGCGACCCUAUGUCCACAGGAUCCUCGUCGUUAUCGAGCCGUUGCUCAUUGACCAAGACUACUAUGCCCGGGUCGAAGGCCGUGAAAUCAUUUCAAACGUGGCAAAAGCUGCUGGUUUGGCGACCAUGAUCAGCGUGAUGCGACCAGACAUCGACCAUCCCGAUGAGUAUGUACGCAACACGACCGCGAGAGCCUUCGCGGUGGUGGCAUCGGCGCUCACCAUCCCGGCGCUGCUGCCCUUUCUGCGGGCCGUCUGCCGGAGCAAGAAAUCAUGGCACGCCAGACAUACCGGUGUGAAGAUUGUUCAGCAGAUUGCCAUCCUGAUGGGCUGUGCUGUCCUGCCCCAUCUCAAGGGCCUUGUCGAGUGCAUUGCUCCCAACUUGAACGAUGAGCAGACAAAGGUGAGGACCGUGACCAGCCUGGCAAUUGCAGCUUUGGCAGAGGCAUCCAACCCCUACGGCAUUGAGAGUUUCGACGACAUCUUGAACCCCCUGUGGACUGGUGCGCGUAAACAGCGCGGCAAGGGGCUCGCUGGCUUUCUAAAGGCCGUCGGAUACAUCAUCCCCCUCAUGGAUGAGGAGUACGCCAACUACUACACGAGCCAAAUCAUGGAGAUUCUGCUGCGGGAAUUCUCUUCCCCGGAUGAGGAGAUGAAGAAGGUUGUGCUCAAGGUUGUCUCGCAGUGCGCGGGCACGGAAGGUGUCACGGCGGGCUAUCUCAAGGAGCACGUGCUCGACGAGUUUUUCAAGAGUUUCUGGGUGAGGAGGAUGGCUCUCGACAAGCGCAACUACAAGCAGGUUGUGGAGACGACGUUUGACAUUGGACAAAAGGUUGGUGUCAGCGAAAUCCUGGAGAGAAUCGUCGGCAACCUCAAAGACGAGAGUGAGGCGUACCGCAAAAUGACGGUGGAAACGACGGAGAAGCUGGUGGCGAGUCUUGGAGCUGCAGACAUCGGCGAGCGCUUGGAGGAGAGACUGGUGGACGGCAUCCUGCACGCGUUCCAGGAACAGAGCGUCGAGGACGUUGUUAUGCUCAACGGGUUCGGCUCUGUGGUCAACGCGCUGGGCACGCGGUGCAAGCCGUAUCUGCCCCAGAUUGUCGGCACCAUUCGCUGGAGGCUGAAUAACAAGUCGGCAACUGUGCGGCAGCAGGCGGCCGAUCUCAUCUCGCGAAUCGCCAUGGUGAUGCAGCAGUGCGGCGAGGACGCCCUCAUGGGCGAGCUUGGCAUCAUCCUGUACGAGUACCUCGGUGAAGAGUACCCCGAAGUUCUUGGGUCCAUACUGGGCGCUCUGCGAUCCAUUGUGACUGUCGUGGGCAUCAGCCAGAUGCAGCCUCCCAUCAAGGACCUGCUGCCUCGGCUGACGCCCAUUCUCCGCAACCGCCACGAAAAGGUGCAGGAAAACACCAUCGAUCUCGUGGGACGUAUUGCGGAUCGAGGGCCCGAGAGCGUCAACGCGCGUGAGUGGAUGCGCAUCUGUUUCGAGCUGCUGGACAUGCUCAAGGCACACAAGAAGGGCAUCCGACGAGCCGCCAACAACACGUUUGGGUUCAUCGCCAAAGCCAUUGGUCCGCAGGACGUCCUGGCCACGCUCCUGAACAACCUCCGCGUGCAGGAGCGCCAGUCUCGAGUCAACACGGCCGUCGCCAUUGGCAUCGUCGCAGAGACCUGUGCGCCCUUCACCGUCCUCCCGGCGCUCAUGAACGAGUACCGCUUCCCCGAGCUCAAUGUGCAAAACGGCGUGCUCAAAUCCCUCUCCUUCCUGUUCGAGUACAUUGGCGAAAUGGCCAAGGACUACGUCUACGCCGUAACGCCGCUCCUCGAAGACGCGCUCAUUGAUCGGGACCAAGUCCACCGGCAGACAGCCGCAUCUGUCGUCAAACACAUCGCCCUCGGCGUCAUUGGGCUCGGCUGCGAAGACGCCAUGGUUCACCUGCUCAACCUUCUCUUCCCGAACCUGUUCGAGACCAGCCCCCACGUCAUUGACCGCAUCGUCGAAGCCGUCGAGGCCAUCAGGAUGGCCGUCGGGCCCGGCGUCGUGCUCAACUACGUAUGGGCAGGCCUCUUCCACCCGGCCCGCAAAGUCCGCACGCCAUACUGGCGCCUCUACAAUGAUGCUUAUGUCCAGUGUGCCGAUGCCAUGGUCCCGUAUUAUCCGAGCCUGGAUGAGGAGAAGAUGGACAGGCCUGAACUGGCGAUUGUCCUGUGA